CUCACGCGAAAUAAAAAAAAUGAAGGAGAGGAAAAAUUAAAAAAGAAAAUCAGUAAGGGUUAGGGCUUCCCUUGCCAGAGCAGAGAGAGGGAAGGAGACGCUGAGAGAGAGAGAGAGAGAGAGGGAAGGAGACGCUGAGCGAGGGAGAAGGAGACGUUGGGUCAGAGCAGGUAGGUGCACUUUCAAUGCAGCUGCGUUUCCACCACCCUCUCCCAAAUUCGAAAUGGAUAGCCGUUGCCUGUAACAAAGUAACCUGUGACUUGAAAAACACCUAAUUCCUCUGUUACAUUUCUUGCAAUCUUACCUGAUAGAAAGUUACAGGUUGAGACUUUGUUACCUGUAACAUUUCUCCCCCAAACACAAACUGUAAGAAAGUCACCUGUACCUUUCUUACAUUUUACACAAGUUACAGGCAUCCAAACGGCCCCUAAGUGACUUACCUGCAAGUCACUUCCCACUUACAGAACUUACAAGAAUCCAAACGACCCUAGGGUUUUCCUAGUAGAAUCACAAGGAGCAGAAAGAGAGAGAGAGAGAGGAAGGAGGGAGAUGCAGCAGCCACCGCAGAUGAUGCCCAUGAUCCCUCCUCCGUUCCCCAAUGCCAACAUCACAACCGAACAAAUUCAAAAGAAUCAUGUUAUUCUAUAUCGAAUUCCUCAACAAAAUGGUGUUGCAGAGAGAAAGAAUCAUCACAUUCUUGAAGUUACAUGCACCUUUGUCCUUGUACCUUGAUGAAAACAAGAAGCUGAUUCUUGCGAUUCUGGAUAACCAAAACCUUGGAAAGCUGGCAGAGUGUGCCCACUUUCAAGUCAAGCUUCAACAAAAUCUGAUGUAUCUGGCAGCCAUUGCGGAUGCACAACCACAAGUGCCCACAGUGCCACCUCAGAUGCCUCCGCAUGCUGUGAUGCAACAGGGAGGGCAUUUCAUGCAGCAUCCGCAGGUGGGGCCCCAGCCUCCCGUUUUUGCUCAGAAGGUUCCUUCGCAGUUUAACCCACAACAGAUGCAGGAGCAGCAGCAGCAACAACAACAUCCCUUGCAUCACCAACAUCCGUAUUCCAUCCAAGGUCAGAUGGGCAUGAGACCUGGCGCCAAUAAUGGUAUUCAUGCCAUGCAUCAUGCCGAGGUGACUCCCAGUGGCAGCGGCGGGCCGACAUCAACUCCGGGCUUAGGUGAGCUUGCACGUGGCGGUGCUUCCGGUAGUUCAGCUGAUGGGCGUGGAGGCGAGCAAGAUGCAGAGGCGGCGGCCCUGGAAGCCAGUACCGGCAAUGGCACAGGAAGCACUGCUGCUGGACAUGGCAGUGGUGAUGCAGAACCAUCAUUCCUUAAAGGACCUGAAGAAGGUGGUAAGUAAGAUGUGCCCCUGACAGGUAGCAUGGAUACUUAGCCAUUGCUAGUCAUGUGUGAAUGCUGUUGCUGCCAGUGUGUUAUCCUAAUGUACUUGUGAAAAUAGCUAAUACAUGAGCGAACAGGUUCAUAUUUUCGUCAUCGUUUUCCUUUUUUUUUUUAGUCGUCUGUUAAAAUGGUAAUGCGGUAGAUGUGUGAUCAUUCAUAUUAGGCUUGAAUCACUUCAUCUGUACAAAGUUGAUCAAACAAGAAUGAAGAUGCUUGUAUGGCAUAGCUGCA